AUGUGUAGUGUCUCUGGUGCGAAGGACGGGUCAUACAAACGCAUCUUUCAGGCCGUGACCGCUCGCUCGCUUAUUGUGCAACUUUUGCUAGCCGUUGAGUACAUCCACAGCAAAGGAGUUGUUCAUGGAGACCUUCACACCGGCAAUAUUCUCUUAUGUCUCCCAGCUGAUAUUGAUCAGCUCUCAAUCGAAAGAUUAUACGAAAAAUACGGUUCGCCCGCGUCAGAACCAGUUAUUCGUUUUGAUGGUCAGCCUCCUGAGCCUAGUGUUCCAUCUACCGCCGUCCUUCCCAUCUGGCUUGGAAAAGCUUCAGAGAAAUUCUCCCUUCCAGAAUCUAAGAUCCUGCUCAGUGAUUUUGGAGAGGCAUACAGACCCUCUACAGAGUCCCGAUAUAGCUCGCACGCCCCUAUGUCCUUUGUGCCCCCUGAAGCCCGUUUCGAGCCAGAAUGUGGUCUUUCUUUUUCAGCUGAUAUUUGGACACUCGCAUGUUCCAUCUGGAUAAUACUCGGCCAGCGUCCCUUAUUUGAGGACAUACUUGCCACGCCGGACGAUAUCACAGCGGAGCAGAUUGAUACUCGAGGGAACUUACCCCUACGGUGGUGGGAGAAAUGGGCGGCGCGCCACACAUACUUCGAUGAAAGUGGGCAACCAAACGAAGGUCGACAGGUGAGGUCUUGGGAAGACCGCUUUGAAAAGCACAUUCAACUCCCACGACGCCAGGCUGGAAUCGUGGGUUUCGAAGUAGAAGAGAAAGCUGCUGUUAUGAAUAUGUUGCGGUCGAUGCUCUCUUUUGAGCCAGAAAAGCGGCCCACUGCGCAGGAUAUUCUAAAAUGCGAGUGGAUGAAGAGAUGGGCGAUACCGGACUUUAACAAAUGGGCCGCGAACAACUCUCUGUGA